ACCCCGUCUCCUGAAAACCCUUGGCUGGCACACUCUCAAAAGUCAAAACGAUGUCGUCUCUAUCUCGUGUUCUCCGUGGCACCUUCAACAUUUCUUCGAUCCGCCGUUUUUCCUCCGCCGCCACCGUAGCCUCCGAAACCACGGCAGUCUCGGCCGCGAUCUCGCCACCUCAAAAGUCACUUGCCAGUAUAGUAAAUGGCGAACGAAACCCCAAACAGAUCGUGGAGAAGUUCAAGAAGGCAUGUGAGUCGGAUCGGUUCCGGAAUAACAUAGCCGUGUACGAUAGAACCGUGCGCCGCCUCGUCGCAGCAAAGAGAUUAAACUAUGUCGAAGAGAUUUUGGAGGAGCAGAAGAAGUACCGCGACAUGUCAAAGGAAGGAUUCGCGGCGAGGAUCAUUUCUCUCUACGGGAAAGCGGGUCUGUUUGAAAAAGCCCAGAAGGUGUUCGACGAAAUGCCUGACGGAAACUGCAAAAGGUCAGUGUUGUCCUUUAAUGCCUUGCUUAGUGCAUAUGGCCUUUCCAAGAAAUUCGAUUUGGUUGAAGAACUUUUCAACGAGUUACCAGGAAAGUUAUCAAUCAAACCAGAUAUUGUAUCUUACAACACUUUGAUCAAGGCAUUGUGUGAGAAGGGUUCUUUACCCGAAGCUGUUGCAUUGCUUGAUGAGAUUGAGAACAAGGGUUUGAAACCUGAUAUAGUCACAUUCAACACAAUUCUACUGUCGUCGUAUCUAAAGGGACAGUUUGAGCUAGGGGAAGAGAUAUGGGCUAAAAUGUUAGAGAAGAAUGUAGCGAUAGAUGUCAGGACUUACAAUGCUCGGUUGCUUGGGUUAGCCAACGAGGUGAAAUCAAAAGAGCUAGUUAGUCUCUUUGAAGAGCUGAAGGCUAGUGGGAUCAAACCUGAUGUUUUCAGUUUCAAUGCUAUGAUUAGAGGGUCUAUCAAUGAAGGAAAAAUGGAUGAAGCUGAGUCGUGGUACAAAGAAAUUAUGAACCAUGGGUAUCGUCCUGAUAAAGCCACCUUUGGUUUAUUGCUACCUGCAAUGUGUAAAGCAGGCGACUUUGAGUCUGCGAUUGAGCUCUGCAAGGAGACAUUCAGUAAGCGGUAUCUUGUCGGUCUAACAACGUUGCAGCAGGUAGUUGAUGAAUUGGUGAAAGGGUCCAAGAGAGAAGAAGCUGAGGAGAUUGUGGAGAUUGCAAAGACGAAUGAUUUCUUAAAGUUCAAGCUAAAUUUGCCGUCCCAGGAAGAGUAGUAGUAAGUGGUUCAUUUGCUACUCUGACUCACACACUCUAGUGUCUUGUUACAUUGUGUGAGAGCGAGCUCCUAAAUUUGCGGAUGUUGCCCAGUUUGUGGCUUUUCUACUUGUUUGAACUUUCCUCUUAUGGGGAAGGAAAACUUGUUUCUUUCUAUGUAGUUCAGUUAUUUGAGUCUGAAAAAAAAAACAGCAUGUAGUCGAGUUUUAUGCAGAAGAAACGCUACACAUUUAAUAAAAGUUUGGGUUAUUUAA